AGUAAGACACACCGACUGGGACACGGCGGAGCGAUUUUCGCAUCUUCUGAGCUGAGACCUGCGCACUUGUGGAUUUUUACGACAAGAAAAAAUACCAACAAAUCGUUCAGGAAUCGAAUUAUUCUUGGAAACGCGCGAAUUAAAGAAGAAGCAGAACUUCUUUCGCACUUGAGCUUUUGUCCAGCAGCGUCUCUCCUCAUGAAUCUUCUCGACCCCUACCUGAAGAUGACGGACGAGCAGGACAAGGGUCUGUCGGACGCGCCGAGCCCGAGCAUGUCGGAGGAUUCGGCGGGGUCCCCCUGCCCCUCCGCGUCCGGUUCGGGCUCGUGUUCGGAAGCCGAGAGCGGCGGCGGCGGCGUCGGUGUCGGCAUCGUGCGCGCUCACGGCGAGCCGACGCUCGGCGCGAUUAAGAAGGACGCGGACGACGAGCACGAAGCCAGCGACAAGUUCCCGGCGUGCAUCCGCGACGCCGUGUCGCAGGUGCUGAAGGGCUACGACUGGACGCUCGUGCCCGUGCCGGUGCGCGUUCACGGCAGCAGCAAAAACAAGCCGCACGUCAAGAGGCCCAUGAACGCGUUCAUGGUGUGGGCGCAGGCGGCGCGCCGCAAACUGGCUGACCAGUACCCGCAUCUGCACAACGCCGAGCUCAGCAAGACCCUGGGCAAGCUGUGGAGACUGCUGAACGACUCUGAGAAGCGUCCGUUCGUGGAGGAGGCCGAGCGCCUGCGGGUGCAGCACAAGAAGGACCAUCCCGACUACAAAUACCAGCCGCGGCGCAGAAAGUCCACCAAGAACGGGCAGGGCGAGGCAGAGGAGGGCGUGGAGCACACGCACGUCUCCACCAGCGCCAUCUUCAAGGUGCUGCAGCAGGCCGACUCGCCAGCGUCCAGCAUGGGAGAGGUGCAUUCACCCAGCGAGCAGACAGGCCAGUCCCAGGGUCCCCCGACUCCGCCCACCACCCCCAAAAUCGACAGUCAGACAGGCAAGGCCGAGCUGAAGCGCGAGGGCCGUCCGAUCCCGGAUGGCAUGGUCUCAGGCGGGCAGCGACACCUCAACAUCGACUUCAGCGACGUGGACCUGGGCGAGCUCAGCAGCGACGUCAUUUCCCACAUGGAAAGCUUCGACGUGGCCGAGUUCGAGCAGUACCUGCCGCCGAACGGGCACCCCGGGCACGGCUGGAUGCCCUCUGCAGGGACCGGCUGGAUGUCCAAGAGCCCGGCCGUCAGCCCUCAGGUGGGGGCGUCCAGCCCCGGCGAGGAUCAGAGCCCCCAGAGGACGACGCACAUCAAGACCGAGCAGCUCAGUCCCAGCCAUUACGGCUCCUUCAGCCUGCAGGCGUACACCGCCAACUCGCCCGCGCCGGCCGCCGCCUUCGCGUCCUGCGCCACCCGGCCGCAUUACGACUACGCCGAGCAGCAGGGCGGCCCGGCGUCCUACUACGCCACGGCUCAGGGCUCCAUUUACUCCUCCUUCAGCUACAUGAGCCCCAGCCACAGGCCCAUUUACACGCCAAUCAGCGAGCCGCAGUCGGGGCACAGCCCCCAGCACUGGGACCAGCAACCCGUCUACACGCAGCUCACCAGGCCGUGAGGACGGGCGCACACCACGCGGCAGAUCAUUCCGAUACGCUCGGUGUAAAGCACACGCUUGAAUUCUCAGAGGAAAAGCUGGACUUAAUGACUCGGCUCACGACGUGCCUUAUUUGUUCUCUUCCGUCGGACGCCGAUUAGAUUUAUAAAUAAAUAUUAAUAUUUUAUUCCACGAUCGCGAGAAAAGAACUGUUUUCUGAGACUGAAGAUUCCUCUGUGAGGACUUUAAUAUGUACUGUGUAUAUUUUCUGAUCAUAAAUUCAUCAGUCUAGCAGCGGGAGGAUAAAACGGUUUCUUUUAUAAUGAACCACUCUUCCGCUCGUCUCCGGUUCUUUUUUUAUCGUUCGUAUUUAUGGAAAGCGCGUCUGAAAUGUUUUUCUACGGUUAUGCCUCGCGCACCGUCAGUGCCUGGUCAUGUCGGGUGGUUGGGGGGUUAGUGGGGGGGGGGUUAGAAUAAGCAGCUGAGAAUUUACUUAGUGCCUGACAGCAACAGGAAGUGACCUUCGACUUCACCUAGUUAUUCCCAGUCGACAGUCGUGUCGGUCUCGUCUUUCCACCUCAGCUCCUGUCCGUCCACGUACCGCGUCCCGGACCGCUUUUAAUUUAUUUAUUAGCCUUAAUUUUAUUUCUGAUUAUUAAUUGCUUUGUAUUUGUUUUAGAAACUAAUUGUGCCCCCCUCUUUUGCUGUUUCUAACCCAAGUCUGAGACCCAGAGGGGGGGUGGUACUUUAUUUCUGUAAUAUCAUGUUUAUUUAUCGUACGUUGUUCGUUUUAAACGCGUCUCUUUACUUUCGGUGAAGCUCCGUCGAGGCUGAACGAACUGGAACUUUCAGUGGAACCCAUCCGGCGUCCGGACGGCUUUCAGCUUUGUUGAUCUUCUUUCCGAACGGACUUCAUUUUCUUUCUUCUAUUUUAUUUUUUAAUAUUUGCAAUAAAAUGAUAAAAUGCAAACAAA